AUGAGCGAUUCCAUACCGCAGGCUCUGCCACGCACCCAUGCCUCUCAAGCCAUGACCCCCGCGGCUUUGUCCACCGCUCACAGCAACACAAGUCGAUCCCCUGUCUAUCAAGACCUUCUCGGUGGGCCGCCUAUCCCGCCGCCGAGGACCUCCUCGAACCACCAAAGAAGUCAUCGUAGUUCCAACAAAGAGUCUAGCGCAGAGAAGAGAUCAGGGUCGCGUUAUACGAGCAAGGGCGACGAGCGGAGUCGCCGUGACAAGAAAGGUGACGAAUCUCGUUCUCGCCGUCAGGCCGCUCCGCCAUCCGACGAUCCGUCAAGAGGUCCAAGCACCCACAAUCAAAGCUCCGCUCAACACGAAGAUUUCAUGGAGACAAUUCCGAGUCAGGGCACGUUGGUGAAAGAGUCAAGUACCGUUAUUAAUCAGGUCUUAGUGAGCGAUCCCGCCGUCGAUAUCCAACGAGAACAAGCCCGUAAAACAACGGCGCCGGUAUCGGCAUCUAACGAGAACGCUUCGGCUUCGGGAUUGGGCUUAAUGGGCGAUGAAAGUAUGGAGGACGGUGGCCGAGUCGGUAUGCCAAGCCGACAAGAGUUUCCGGAGCAUACCAUUAAGCGCAAAGAAACGACGUUUGGUCAGUAUAUACUCGGGCAGACUGUAGGUGAGGGAGAAUUUGGAAAGGUCAAGCUGGGCUGGAAGCGAGAUGGCUCUAUUGAAGUGGCCAUUAAGCUCAUUCGCCGUGAAUCACUUGGAUCGAACCCGAAUAGGUUGCCCAAAAUCUACCGCGAGAUCUCCAUCCUCCGAGAUCUUUCUCACCCGAACAUCGUCCGGCUCCACGAAAUGGUAGAAACAGAUCGUCACAUUGGGAUUAUCAUGGAGUAUGCAUCGGGCGGCGAGCUUUUUGAUCAUAUUCUCAGAAACAAGUAUCUGAAGGAUAAUUCUGCUCGGCGUCUUUUUGCGCAACUUGUAUCAGGUGUAGGCUACCUGCACAAGAAAGGCAUUGUCCACCGUGACUUGAAGUUGGAAAACUUGCUUCUCGACCGGAACCGUAACAUCAUCAUUACGGACUUCGGCUUUGCAAAUACGUUUGAUCCCACUGAUGAGCUCAGCGAGGAAAUCGAGUAUAACCUCACCAACAAAGAGUUCGUGAAGAGGAUGCGCUUGGAUAAAACCAACGCCAAGGGUGUACGCCGAGGAGACUUGAUGCAGACAAGCUGCGGAAGCCCUUGUUAUGCUGCUCCGGAGCUCGUUGUGAGCGAUUCUCUUUACACUGGACGAAGGGUAGACGUGUGGAGUUGUGGUGUUAUUCUUUACGCUAUGUUAGCGGGCUAUCUUCCGUUCGACGACGAUCCAGCAAAUCCCGAUGGAGAUAACAUCAAUCUGCUGUAUAAAUAUAUCGUCACGACUCCCCUUACAUUCCCUGAAUACGUUACACCCCAUGCCCGUGAUCUAUUAAGGCGGAUAUUAGUCCCAGACCCUCGAAAGCGAGCAGACCUUUUCGAAGUUGCGCGGCACAGCUGGCUCAGUGAUUACGCCGACAUUGUCUCGCACAUCACUAGCAGCACCACCAAGGUGGCAGACAUCUCCUCCACCACCGUUUCUCGCGGUAUGAACCUUCCUAUCAGUAAACUGUCACUGCUGUUUCAUACUAAUUUAGCUCCGACAGAACAACCCAGAGAAGGCCCAGCACUUGCCCGCAGUGCUUCCGUCAGAGAGCCCCCGAAGACGCACCACGGCUCGAGCCCAUCAGUUGGAGGCCUUGUACAUCAUCCAGGGGACGUUUCACAGGAUCAAAGCGACAGGUCCAAAACACCUCGAGACACCAAACGUCGAACCGUCCAAGUGGAAUAUGUUGCACCUCAGUCUCAGACUUCAAGAGGAGAAACAUCCGGAUCGAGUGCGACCGUCCAAAAUGCAUCUCCCACCGAACCCGUAUCAACACGAGCAAAACCAUCCGGCCAGGAAUAUCCUACCCACACUCAAACCGUACCCGAGCCCACAAAACGAACCACCACCCGCCAGGCCCCGGCGCUCCCGCCCACACAUUUACCUCGUUCUACGUCCGAUACCCCAGCCCUCUCAGGGGCAGCGCCUCAACCUACCCGACCUACCACCGGAGGCUCCAUGGCUUCAUUCAAUGCGGGGCGCUUGCCAUCUCGCGGGUCUUACGGGCAACCCGUGGCACCUACUGUGGCAGCGACGAACGCCCAGGGCCGACUCGCGCAACCGAAGAGCAAACAGUAUGUUAUCUCUGCGCCGAUUCAGCAAGACGCGAACCAAGUUGCCAGCGUGGAUCAUCAAAGCGCGCAAAAUCUCCCAUCCAAAUUCAACACUACCCCUCGACAAGAACCCCCGAAGGGCCACAAGAGAUCAAGUACUGUCUCCAGUAUUGGGGAAAAGCUAUUCGGAAGGUCUGGCUCGAUUUUUGGUGGGCGCGCUGGCCAAGCAAGCGCACAACGACAGCAGAAGACUGGCAAGCGCUACCCUCCCACGAGUAUGAGGGAUCCGUAUGGUGGUGACGAUUCGAGGAUGUCAAUGGACUCGCGACGCUCAGCUCAGUAUGGUUAUGGCCGGAAGACAAGUGAGGCGGGCGGCGAGGGCAAGCCGCGACGUUUCUCUUUACUUCCACCCUCGUUCUCGCUGAGGGGUAUUUCCUCUUCAAGCAGGUCACAAACGCCUGAUGAGGAGCCCCAAGAUCGCGCUUCGGACAACCGUGAAGGCCAGCGCCCAUCAACAGGGCCUCUACCAAGUCGUAUUCGGGCUGCUAGCUAUGGUGCUCACGAUGCGAUUGCUACAGGAGCAACCGAUGGCCCCUCGGAUGAUGUUAUUGUCAAUGAUGACCCAGUCAAUUACCAACAUCGCAUCGAUCAGCAAUUUGCAGUGCUGCAUUCAAACCACAGUGAGACUUACCAGCCGACUCAGUAUGGUGGCGCCUCAGCGGAACAGGUUCAUCAAAAUGAUAACGAGCACUAUUACCGAAAUCAUUACGGCAACCAUUCGACACCUAAUUACUAUGAUGAAUAUAAUGGUGUGCAUGACAACGGAUCCAAGGCAUCAAUGCAAACCGGGCGUUCCUCAAAUCGGCCGGGUGUCUUGCAGAGAAACCACCGGAAAUUUGCAGACGCUUAUGAGUAUGAGUCGCAUAACUCUGGUAGCUCUGGAGCAGCCCGAAAAGUGAUGGACUUUUUCCGUCGACGAGCCAAGUCUCGAGCUGGAGACGAGCGUUAA